AUGCCGUCCAUCGCAGCAAAAAGGUCACCGACAGCCUCGCCUAGCAUGCCUUGGCUCGCGAGGUCGCCAUCUCACCAGUCGCCCAUCACAUCUCCUCGUUCCUCCCAGUCCCCUCGAAGCUCACCACGAAGUUCGCCGAGAUCAAGUUUGUGUGGUCCGAUAAAGAACUAUGGCCCAUCAGUCACAUACAUCCCGCCGUUGAUCGACGGAGCUUGCGGUACGGUACCACUGGCUCAGAAGCCGAUGCUUUCGCUGCUCCAUGAUGACUUGCGGGAGAUGUGGCGGAUGAUGCCGGGACUGAUGUCCUCACUAAGGACACACAUCACCAACCACCGCACACAUUUGUCGAAAAACCACCUGAAGGAUAUUAUCGUUCAGCUCAGUCUUGCAAUUGUCGAAGUGGCUGUGAUCACUCUUGCCCUACCUUUAUUCAUCGUCUUGCCUGGCAUCCUAUUUGUAGCAUGGCUGGGAACGUCAAUGAGCUUGGUCCUGGGUCUGAGCUGGUUGAUGAACGGGAGUGAUAUCAUGGCAAGCUGCGACGAGUUUGGCAAUAACACCCCACAGCCAGAGGAAAACGAGGAGAAAUGGAUCUUCAUCGGUGGCAUGGGAACCAGUUCCACCCACCUCACACAAUGCACCCUCCCCCGACUCGCAAGGCUCUUUGGAAAGUCCUUCAGCGGAAUCCAAAUGGCCACGUACGGCCUCCCCUUCGACAUGCUCCUCCUCGCGAUCCAACGCUGCUUCCCCUUCCAAACCCAAGCCUCGCGUACCCUCUACUCCGAGCUCCGCACCGCCCUCCUCGACACCGCCGUGAUCCGGGUCGCCGUUCUAGCCCACAACAACGGCACCAUCCCCAUGGCACAGGUUCUCGCCCGUCUCUGCGCCGAUAUUCACCCCGAGAAACUCAACAAGCUCGAGAUAUACACCUUUGGCGCAGCCGCGCCGGAAUUUGUCGUCCCGCUGGGUGAGAGCCGCAAAUCCCGCUUCGAAGAAGCCGUCGUCGACGAGCGCGGGCCGCACAUCGAGCACUUCGCGUACGCCAACGACCCCUUUGCGCAGAUGGGCGUCCUGCGUGCGGUGAACAAGAAGUUCGACGGUCGUUUCUGCGGCGGCGUCUACAUCAUCCACAACCAGAUCCCCCAACCUUCAGGCCACUGGAUUCCCGACCCGCGCCCGGUCAUGUUGCUGACGGACUACCUCUCUGCACUGUUCCCGGACCCAUCAUCGCCCUCGGCGCCCAGUAGCCUUCUCGACUACGUCAUGGUCAUUGACCGUGAUGUUGCCGAGAGGCGCGAGCUGGCCGCCAUGGCCAACCACGCACAAACAAAACGAACUCGAAAGGACAACCGCCGCCUCAGCUGGACGGGCCUGGGAGCCACCGUCGGCGGCAAAAACGGCGUAAUGGAUGGCGUCAUGGGCCUCGAAAUGGUGCGGAAGGGCUGCCGCGACUGCGACGGCCACCGCGGACGUGAAGUCAGCUGGCUCACCAAAUACGUGCAAACCGGCUGGGUCGUGAAAGACUCGCACGUCGUCAACGCCAUGGGCAUUGGAGGCUACCAAUGA